AUGGGCGCUGCUGCAAUUACCGGAAAGUCUACACUGCUUCAGCUUUUGGCAGGGAAGAAACUGAUCAACACCCCCGGCGCCGAGCUCACAAUCAAGGGCCAAGAUGUAUUUAGAAACUCUCCCUCAGGUGUAACAUUCCUAGGCACAGAAUGGGCUAUGAACCCCGUCGUCCGCGGCGAUAUUGUCGUCUCCGCAUUCCUAGACUCCGUUGGGGGCUAUAGACAUAAGGAGAGGAGGGACAUUCUUCUUGAUAUUCUCGACAUCGACUUGGAUUGGCACAUGCACCAGAUCUCGGAUGAUGCAACGCAUAUCUUCGAUGGCUUGAAUAAUUUCCCUACACAUGUCGCUCAUAUGCGCUAUGGAUCCUUCGUAACCCUUCCCACGCCUUACAAUCCUAAUCCCAGUCUCGGAACUAGCUCAACAUCCACACUAUAUAACUUGGCUCUUCAAUGGCUCAAGGAAGACAGAGACUACCGCCGGGAACUCGAAAGGAAUGGUCAACAGAUUACUCGCGGAGCACGCAGAGACCAAGCGGUCCCUUCUGAUUCCGAAACGUUCUACAGAAAGUGA